AUAAAUUCACAGCCCCUUUCUACAUCUCUGUUUUAGUCUUUUUGCUAUAAUACAUUGUUUUUAUCACAUUUCAUAAACCAUACAAAUUUACGUGUUUUAUGCUUUAAUGUUGAAUGUGCAAUAUUUCCUUUGUGUUCUUUUUACGUGCAAACAACUGUAUACACAUACUUAACUAUAUCUAAUGCUAAAAACACACCAAAAACGCCGAGGCUGAAUUUACAACUACAACACACUGGAAAUCUUUAUCGAUUUCACCUUAAAUGUAUAAAUACAGUGUAUUAAAACAAUAAAAUUUAUAUAACUACUUAUUGUUAUAUCCAUGCAGAAUUAAUAUAAAACUCAUCACACACCGAAGAAUUCAUAUCAAUGAUCCCAUACAUUGUAAAACAUUUAUGAAUUAUACAAAUGAAAAAAUAACGGCUAUAAACUGAACUUACGGAUAAAAACAUAACAGCGCUUAGAUAAUGGAAGUAUCGGCCGAUCCAUAUGAGCAGAAAUUGUAUCAGAUGUUCCAAAGUUGUGAAACAUCAGAUCGUAACAAUGGCUUGCUUGACGAAGUUUCGCUAACGCGCCUCUGCCAGCUGCUCCAGUUGCGUGACCAAGGCUCAGCAUUGAUCUCCAGCCUAACUGCUAGUGCUCCAAGCUCCAAGUUGGGUGUUUCAUUUGAGCAGUUCAAAGUAGCUCUGCUCAACUUUCUAGGCACAGAGUUUGACAGUUCAUCGCGUUCGGCAUUAAGCACAGCAUCUGGAUUUAAAGAACGUUCUUUAGUGAUUAGUGACGAGUCAGCUAACAAAAUCUACUCUGAAAUACAGCCCGAGGGAGAGUCAUCUGAUCGUGAGGUUUCCCCCAAACUAAUAGUGGGCACCAAGAAAUAUGGACGUCGAUCACGACCGCAUCAGAUUCUAGGUCUCGACGUUACGGACUCCGACAAUACAGACGAAGAUCAGCACAAAAGUCUAACCGGCUGCAACGAUCACACCGUCCAAGUGCAACGGUCAUCGUCACAAAGCGAUCUUCCUGGCAGCCGAGUUUUGCGGUCCGUCCACUACAGCGGCAGCAAGCUUAAGCGUUGUGCUUCGCUACCAGCACGCAAAAAUAUGCACUCCAAAAUGAUGACAUCUACGAGCGCAACAACGUCCUCGACAGUAGGUACGCAAGUCGGUAAUAGCAGCAAUAAAAGUAAUCUUAGAGAGGCACAAAAGGAGUGCAGUAGCGUGGAGUCGCUGGAAAUUAUGACACCACAUCAACUGGAGACUAUCAAUGCGCACAGCCUUAUUGAGACCUGGGAAAUGGCAAAUAUCGUGAAUGGUGUAGGUCUAUUACAUGCUCUGGGCUUCGACGAGGAGGAAGAGGUGAACCUUAAUCAGCUGACCAAAGUUCUUGAGGAGGAAUUGCGUGGACUCGAGCAAGAUCCAAAUUCGAAUUUGUUACGUGCACUAAUAGCGCUGCAAUCUGUAGAGUUAGGAUCACUGCGACAAGCAUAUCGUCAACAAUAUCAAGAAAAUCAAAAACUGCGCUCUGAUAAUAAGGCAGCUAAUCAACGAGUGGCGAUGUUGGCCGCCGAGGUUGAUGAAAGGCAUGCAAUGUUAGAGGACAAUUGCAAGCAGGAGGUGCAACAACUGGAGCAGAGGCAUGCGAGUAUGGUGCGAGAAUUGACUCAGCGUAUUACAAGCGAUCGUGACCAUUGGACCAGUAUGACAGCGAGACUAGAAGGUCAAAUUAAAAGCCUCGAGCAAGAGGAGGUUAAACUGAAGACUGAGCUGGAACUGGUGCGUACUGAAAAUAGCGAACUAGAGAUGGAGCAGCAAAAAGUCCACCUGCAAAUGACUGAGUUACUGGAGCAGAACAUUAAGUUAAAUAAGGAGUUGGCUAUGUCCGAGCCUAUUCGGCCAGAAAUAAAAUCAGAAAACAACGACCAUGCUGUUAUCGGCCGAGAUAAGACCUCUGACGAUGAUGAGAUGCUGCACGUUAUGGAAAAAAUGACAGCUUUGCAAAUGGAGAACGCACAGUUGCGCGACAAAACUGAUGAGCUAACAAUGGAAAUUGAGAACUUGUACGUUGACCUAGCGCGCACUAAGUCAAGAAAAAAGCAAGGUGCUCCUUCUGCUGUGAAUGCUGCGAAUGUGUCAGCUGCGGAGUCAACUGAAGGCGAAGAACUAGAGGCUGUUAGCGUUGCGCUAGCCACUAAACGGCGAGGUGAUUCGCCAAGCAAGACACACUUAACCGGGGAAAGCCCGCGCCUUGGAAAACAACGUAAGUGCUCGGAAGCAGGCGAAGUUAGCGAUAAUAGUGGUGACUGGUUGGCGCUCAAUUCAGAAUUGCAACGCUGUAAGAGUCAUGAGGAGGAGAUUACUUCUCUCAAGAGAACCGUAGAGCAAUUGGAACUAGAGCUACAGGCGGCAACUUCCAAGUCAACUGUCCUCGGCAGUACCGAGAACGAUAGCCGUGGUACGCCGCCGGAGACACGCUGUAAGGAGCUAGAGAGUAGUUUGGAGCAAAUGCAGCGAGCUUACGAGGAGUGUGAGGAUUACUGGCAAGCCAAACUAAGUGAAGAACGUCAAAUGUUUGAUAAAGAGCGCCACAUAUACGAAGAGGAGCAGAUGGAAAGCGACAAAAAGUUUACAGAGCUGAUGGAAAAGGUACGCGAAUAUGAGGAACAGUUUAGCAAAGAUGGUCGGCUAUCGCCUAUUGAUGAACGCGAUAUGUUAGAACAGCAAUACGUAGAACUCGAGGCGGAGGCCACAAGUCUGCGAAACAACUCUAUUCGCAUGCUGGAAGAAAAAUCUCAUCAAAUUAGCACAUUGCAGUCAGAGAUUGAAGAUUUGCGUACACGCCUGGGCGAAAGCGUAGAAAUUUUAACCGGCGCAUGUGAGAUCAACUCGGAUGCAUUGCAUCAGAUAAGUGGGCAGUCUAGCCAAAGGCCUGCGAGCUCACCUAUUAGCUACCUGUGGCACCAAAGCACAAUUCAGGAGCCCCUGAAAACAUUUGACGGUGCUACCGAGGAAAGCAGUGCCAAGGUCUUGGCUCUGCUUGGCGAAUCACCUACUCACAAAGCUACCAGUCGAAACAACCUUACUACUUCUACAACAUCCAUCUUUAGUACUACACCAGUAGACACUUCACCAUCGAGCCCAUCGCUCACAAAUACUGAUACUAAAUAUGCUUCGUCUGUCAGUAUUUGUACUCCGGCGCCCAUUUGCAAGCCCAAAUCACCGCCGUCUGAAGGCGAAAUUGCUGAUAGUGAGACCUCAUCAACUGCAUCGAACAAGAGCUUCGAUUCGCACAGUAUAGUAUCAACUAGUAAAGCGUCUUGCUUUAGUAACGAAAAGUGCAAUAGCCCAAGUGUCCUUAAGGAGGAGUUAAAGCGUCUUAAGUUCUUCGAACUUUCACUUAAAGAGCAGAUUAAGGAUUUGAGCCUGCAACGUGACGGUUUAGUCAUGGAACUGCAACAGUUGCAGGAAGCACGUCCCGUUCUUGAGAAGGCAUAUGCGCGAACUACACAUCCGACUCUGCAGCAGCGACUUAAUCAACUGGAGUUACGGAAUCGUCAUUUACAAAAUGUAGUUAAGCAGCAGCAGAAAUAUACCGAGUCCCUGAUGCAGCAAUCGUGGCGUCAGCAUCAAGUGGAUCUCAAUGAAUUGCAUAGCCGUAUUGAAGCACAGGCCGUUUUAAUUGCCGAUCAAACACAGCGUCUGCAGAACGCCGAUAUUCUUGUGAAAGAUUUGUAUGUGGAGAAUUCGCAUUUGACUGCCACAGUGCAGCGACUGGAGCAGCAAAGGGCGCGAGUCAAUCUUAUUCACCAACAGCAGCAGAAACAGCAAAUUGGCGCUUCGCUGAGCGGUGUCUCUGGAAUUCCUUAGAAAUGACGCAGCAAAGAAGAAAAAUACAACGGAAGCACAUCGAAGUUAUACGUGUAUAUUUAUCAAUAUACUCGGCACUAUUGCUGCAGUGAUAUUGUUCAAUAUAUAAAAUACAUAUAUUUAUUUACAUGCUAUUUACUUGUUUUGUGUGUGUGUCCGUAUAUAACUAAUAAUGUUCUCUAUAUACAUAAGUUUUCAACUUAAGAGCACCUAUAGAAGCAUCUAUGUACUGAAUAGAACAAUUCUCUGUACUGAUCUAUAAAUCAGUAAUCAACUAAUCGAACUUUAUAUUUUGGUAUAUACCAAUGUUGACCUUAUAAAUUUAAAAACAAAAACACGAAAAAAAUCACAAAUUAAUAGAGUUAACAUUAAAAAUAGAUAACAGUAUUUUAAAUCCAUUGUACAUGUUGAAAACAACAAAAGAAAUGAAAGACCAAGUUUAUCAUGCGCAUAUAGGUAUUGUUGAUUUUAUUGGUAUCGAAGGAGUAAGAAAAGUCAAAUGCAACUAAAAAGACCUGUAAAUCUAUUAACUUACAAAUAUGUAUUUAUUUCGCACAUUAAGUUAGCAAAUAAUCUUUAAUUGUUUUGUCAGAUAUUUAUGUAUUAACAUAGCGAACAAAUUAAUUUAUCAAAGAUC